UCGGGGGGGGGGGGGGGGGAAGAAACGGAUUUCAAAAAUCCACCCACCUCUCUCCCCACCCCCUCCAAUUCCCAUGCAGCCUUGGAAACGGCAAUUGCGCUGCCUGCGCCGCCGCGUUAUAGCAGGGAGGGACUGGUUCCGAUGAAGGCACGGCAAGAGACUUGGCACAGGCGGAGCCGAGGCGGCUUUGCAGCGCGGGGCGCUGAGACCAAGGAGUCGUCGGCGACACUGGAUCGCCACGGGAAGGAACUUUGAGUGAACCCGCAGCAAGAAGCACUCGGCGCGCUCCGGGCAGCAGCUGCUGAGCCCUGGGAGAGAGGAGAGAUCAGUCGGGUCUCCGCAUUCCUUCUGCAGUAGGGUUUGAAGGCUCGCUGGAUCAACAUCUCCAAGAGGCUAAGGGACAGAUGGGCUGUGUCGCUCUAUUGAUUGCUUGUUGCGGGCGGCAGUCUGAAAGCAGGAGACCCCGUGGCCUGUAUGGACAGCAGAGACACCCACUCUGUUCUAUACGGGACUGUGCUGUGCUGAUGUCGUGGAAUGAAAGGAGCGCCUGUUUUGUACAACGUAUCGCAUGAGGAACGGCAACCAACUCUAAAGGGCUCGCUCGCCAGGCCAGCCGCGUGGCUCUGCUGGCCCCCGCGGCGCCGUCUUCUCCUUGCGCUCCCCUGCCUUGCUCGGCGGCAAGCCUUCCCCUUCCCGGGUCCUUGGCUCUAGGACCCCUCCCCACGCCGCGCAGUGGAUGGGCACGUGCUGAGUUUGACUCUGGGGGUAGCUGCCCGUCUGCGGCGGCUCCCUCCUCGCCACUCUCCCCACGUGCACGACCCGGCGCCAAGGACUGAGCAGCCUCCUCCCCUUCCCAUGUACUUGAUCGUGCGCCCGGGCGCUUUUUCUCCCCUUCCUCCUCCGCCUCUUGUUGCUGCCGCCGCCGCCUGGGACUAGCCGCCUCCUCCUUCCCCGGUGGAUGCCGCCGGGAAGCGGGCGGAGCGCGCAGCCGGGGAGGGGGGCUGCCGCGGCCGCCGGAGUACAUGCCAGUGCCCUCUCCUCCUCCUCUUCCUCUUCUUCUUCUCCUCCUCCUCCUCACCAGAAUGCUUUACUUCCAGAUGGUGAUCAUGGCAGGGACUGUGAUGCUGGCUUAUUACUUCGAGUACACCGACACCUUCACGGUCAACGUGCAGGGCUUCUUCUGCUACGAGAGCGCCUAUCGCAAGCCUUACCCGGGCCCGGAGGAGAGCAGCGCCGUGCCCCCCAUCCUCCUCUACUCGCUGGCGGCGGGGGUGCCCGUGUUGGUGAUAAUUGUUGGAGAAACUGCAGUGUUUUGUCUACAGAUGGCUACACGGGAUUUUGAAAACCAAGAAAAAACAUUAUUAACUGGAGACUGUUGCUAUAUAAAUCCACUGGUGCGCAGAACUGUCAGAUUUCUUGGCAUUUAUGCGUUUGGACUUUUUGCAACAGAUAUCUUUGUAAAUGCUGGACAAGUAGUAACUGGGAAUCUUGCACCACAUUUCCUUGCACUUUGUAAACCCAACUACACUGCUCUUGGAUGCCAGCAGUUUACACAGUUUAUCAGUGGUGCAGAGGCUUGCUCUGGAAACUCAGACCUUAUCACAAAAGCCAGGAAGACAUUUCCAUCCAAAGAAGCAGCUCUGAGUGUAUAUGCAGCGACAUAUCUGGCCAUGUAUAUCACCUACACGAUAAAAGCCAGAGGAACAAGGCUAGCAAAACCAGUGCUAUGCUUGGGCUUAAUGUGCAUGGCAUUUCUUACUGGUAUCAACAGAGUAGCAGAAUAUCGAAAUCAUUGGUCAGACGUGAUAGCAGGAUUUCUAGUUGGUUCUUCUAUAGCAGUAUUUUUGGUUGUGUGUGUGGUAAAUAAUUUUAGAGGUAGACAACCAGAAAAUGAACAUUCUCACAUGGACAAUCUGGCCCACAUGCCUAUGAUCAGCAUCCCUCGAGUAGAAAGUCCUUUAGAAAAGAACCACAUCACGGCCUUUGCAGAAGUCACAUGAUGUCGAAACUGAUGUCUAUUCGCUACAUUGGACGUCAUCUCUUUUCACAGUUCACUCAUAAUAACUGAAACAUUUUAAAUAUGAGAAAAUAAAACUUUGAUAUAGCAGCAUUCAAAUCGACAUCAGCCUAUGAAGAAUAAGCCUGAAAUGUCAAAAGUUAAAGAGUAUUUUCCCAACAAAAAGCAUUGCACCAUUUAGGGAUUAAGGGUGGGGAUGUAUUGGGAAAGAGUGAACCUGAGCACAUCACACACAGAAAAAAACCCAUUUCCUCUUUCUAGGGUUAUUUAUUGUUUUUUUAACUAGCCAUGUAAGUAUAUGACGGUACACCAUUGAGUCUAAUUGAGUUGGGCUUUCCAUUAUUUCUUUUUAAUCCAGCAUGACUCUUGUUCCCAUUCAACCAGAUUUCCAUAUACAUACAUAUUUUUUUAAAGAAUUACAUCCUGUACUAAAAUGCCGUUUGCACUUCAUAUUAUGCUGUAUCUCACAUACCACAUUUAUAUCUUACGACUGGUGCUUCUGCUUCUGAAGGAAAAAAAUGCCAAUUUUUACUGUAAUAAGUAUUGUAUCAUAAUUUUAAAAAGAUUAUUUGGAUAUUUUCCUGA